GCAACAUAUAAGAAUUUAUGUCAUAACAAAAACAAUUAGUUAACAGUUUUAGUAUAAAAUCUCCACAAAGCAGUGAGCAUAAGUAGAACUACCAAACAUUAGAAAUCUCUCAAAUUCUCUCUCUACGGCCUCCAUGGAGCUUUUGUUAGCAAUGUGUUUAUUGCUUCUAGUCUGUGCUUUCAUCUACCUCUGCGAGUUGGUUCUUCAAUGGAGGCACCAACAAUGCCACUUGUUGGCCUAUGAGUGCUACAAGGCCACGGACGACCGGAAGCUGGACACCGAAUCCUGCGUCAAGAUUAUCCGCCACAACACGAAUCUGAGGCUAGAAGAAUACAGGUUUCUCCUCAAAACCAUCGUUAACUCAGGCCUCGGAGAGGAAACUUACGGUCCAACAAAUGUCAUCGCUGGCCGCGAGGACUGUCCUAGUUUGAAAGACUCACUGUGGGAGAUGGACGACAUAAUGUUUGGCACGCUCGACAAUCUAUUCGACAAAGCAGGAAUUUCAACUUCGAAUAUCGAUAUACUUGUUGUCAACGUGUCGUUGUUCUCUCCCGCGCCUUCUCUGACGGCUAGGAUCAUAAACCGUUACAAGAUGAAGACGGACAUCAAGGCGUUCAACCUCACGGGAAUGGGGUGCAGUGGAAGCCUCGUGGCCAUUGAUCUUGUGCAGAACCUGUUCAAAACGUACAAGAAUGUAAAUGCCGUCGUUGUGAGCACAGAAUCGCUUGCUCCAAAUUGGUACCGAGGCAAAGUUCAGCCUAUGAUGCUUGCUAAUUGCCUCUAUCGCUCGGGAGGGUGUUCUAUGAUCCUCACAAACAAAAAGCAUCUCGAGCAUCGAUCGCUUUUGAAAUUGCAAUGCAUCGUGCGGACGCAUCUUGGCUCGACGGAUGAAGGAUAUGGCUGCUCGACGCAAGUAGAAGACAAUAAUGGUUUCCGCGGUUUUAAUCUCAGCAAAAGCAUAGCCAAAGUUGCAGCCAAAGCUCUUACCAUGAACCUUCGAAUCCUACUGCAAAAAGUGUUACCGCUUACAGAAUUACUGCGCUAUGUUAUCGUGUCACGUCGUCAAAACAAAGUCGGAAAUGCUGGCUUGAAUCUCAAGGCAGGGCUUGAUCACUUCUGCAUACCCCCUACUGAAGCCGCAGUUGUCAAUGGGGUUGGAAGGAGCUUAGGGCUCAACGACUAUGAUCUCGAGCCUGUGAGAAUGGCGCUACACCGAUUUGGAAACACAUCUUCGGGAGGGCUUUGGUACGUUUUGGGGUACAUGGAGGCUAAGAAGAGGCUUAAAAAGGGUGAGAAAAUUCUUAUGGUGAGCUUUGGAGCUGGCUAUGAGUGCAACAAUUGUGUGUGGGAGAUUUGGAGGGACAUGGAGAAUGCCAAUGAGUGGAAAGAUUGCAUAGAAAGUUACCCCCCAGAAACCCUAGUGAAUCCUUUCAUGGAGAAGUAUAGCUGGAUCAAUGAUGAACACUUGAGCUUUGUCAGAUUCGAGGAGGUUGUGAAUGCAAUAUGUGUGGAUGGUCAACCCUCCAAAAACCCUGGUCAACGCUUUCGGGAGAGGUAUAGUUAGAUCAAUGAGUACUUUUGAAAGUUUUAUUUUUAUUUUUAUUUUUUAUGUGUAAUUUGUUGUUUUUUUAAGGAAAAAUUAGAGCUCAUUUGUGAAUGUUUUUAAAAUUACUAAAAACGUUUUUGAUGAAAAUGUUUUUAGAACUAAUUUUUAGUAAAAACUCAAGUGAAUCUUAGAAAAACACUUGAAGUACUUUGUGGAAGAACACAUAACUGAUGCUUCUUUCAAGAAGCAUUUAAGUGCUUUCGGAACUCAAAAAUGUUUUCACUAAAAGCAUUUUUAGUAAUUUUAAAUGUAUUUCCGAACAAACCAUUUUAUUGAUGUAUUUUAUGAAAUGAGAAUUAUACUGUAUAUUGUAUUUGAGAACGUAAACGAGCAUAUAGUGUACAAGUAUUCCAAAAAGGAGCUCAUAGUGUAUUUUUGGGAGAUAACAACCAAGUCUGCAACUACCUGGAAUUUUCUGGGGGGGCUAGAAGUUCUCUUGUGGCCAACUCCUCAAAGGUUUGUACCCUUUCACAAGUCAUAUUAUGUUGCCCAUUUAAUUUUAGAACAUAAAUAAACCAUACAUAGUCUAGAUAUUUGGACCAUAUUUACUAAUGUAACUAGUCAAUAUGCUCAAUAUUAUUCAUACAUAAGUGGGUCUUGCAUACAUAGAUGUGUCCACUUAUAUGGUGAGUUGCUCAAUAAUGUAAUCAAUAAAUAUGGUCCAACUUCAUUAUUU